UAUAAUAUCAUAUCAAAUUGUUUGGUUCUUUGUUGUACCGGUAGCUCCUCAUAACACUGCAGUUCUUGGCGAAAGGUGAAUUCUAUAGUGAGGGUGGACUUGUACAUGGCGUCUCCAGAAGCACUGUAUGUGUAUCUGUUUGGCAAGUUGUAGACGCAAUUAACCAGCGUGUCAACAACAUCAAGUUCCCUACCACCCAGGCUGACUUGGCUUCUAUUAAACAAAAGUUUUAUCAGGUAGCAAGAAUGCCAAAUUGCAUCGGAGCUGUAGAUGGAACAUUAAUCCCCAUCAUAGCGCCAAGAGUGAGGGAAGAUAUAUAUGUGUGUAGAAAAGGAUACCAUGCAAUUAACGUGCAGGCAGUAGUGACACCCGAUAUGAGAUUCACUGAUGUGGUCGCUCAGUGGCCGGGAUCUACACACGACAACACCAUAUUUGAGAACUGUGGCCUGAAGGCAUGGGUCGAGGCAAAUAAUGUUGGUUGGCUGAUUGGUGACGCGGGUUAUGCCCUGAAACCUUACAUGCUCACACCAAAGAUCCGGCCUACGACCCAACAGGAAAAUGCAUUCAACUUGGCACACAGCCGUACCAGAAUGGUAGUUGAAAGAGCGUUUGGUUUGUUGAAGUCGAGAUUUCGAUGUCUUCAUAAGACUGGAGGAUUCCUCCAAAUCACACCUGAGAAGGCAGCCAAAGUCUUUGUUGUUUGUGCUAAACUGCACAACAUGUGUAUAGAUGAUGCUGUCGUGUUUGAUGGACAAGUCCAUGUUGCCCCUGACAAUGCACCACCUUACAUUGGAGCACUUGACCCAAAUGCGCAGAGGGACAGAAGAGCUAUUAUUGCAAGAUUUUGAAAUGAACUAUCGCAUUGUUUUAAUUGGUUGCAUAUCUUGUUAUUUGGACUAGUGAAGGAAAUAUUAUUAACUUGUGAUAGAUUCACAUUUUUAUGUAUAAUUAAGUUAAGAACUUUCUGUAUCAAUUUUCAUAAACUGUCACAAUUGCCCAUUUUUUCUCAAAACAUCUUAAGUCUCUUAAAACAGAAUUUAUCUUUUAUCCAAUAUUUUGGUUUCGGUUUAACUUGUACAGUAUAAACAUUUUGAAGACUUUUUAUACAUGUACUUUCAAUAGAAAUUAUUUUGCUUAUAUUACUG